AUGGCUGCGCAGAUCAAGGAGUGGCAAGACCGAGCAGAGGCUCUCAAGCCACUCAACCUCAAACAGAUCGAGGGCCCACUCGGCGAGCUCAAUGACCACCUCACGCUGCGCACCUACAUUGUGGGAUAUUCUCUUACGGACGCCGACUUGACCGUAUGGAAGAUCCUUCGCGGCAACAGAGUCGCACACUCGUACAUCAAGCAGAAUCUCAUGGUUAACCUGUCCCGCUGGUUCAGCUACAUCGAAGAGACCGCAAACCCAUCCAUUGACCUGCCCACGCGACCAGCUAAGGAAGCUGCCGACGAUGGAGCCAGCUACGAUAUUGGCCUUCCAGAUGUCGAGAAAGGCGUCGUCACUCGUUUCCCUCCAGAACCGUCAGGCUAUUUACACAUCGGACACGCAAAAGCAGCGCUCCUCAACGACUACUUCGCCCACAAAAAGUACAACGGCAAGAUGAUUGUCCGUUUCGAUGACACCAAUCCCUCCAAGGAGAAGGAAGAGUUCCAAGAUUCCAUUCUCAAGGACUGCGAGCUGUUGGGCAUCAAGCCAGAUCAGGUCACAUACACAAGCGAUUACUUCCAAGACCUCUACGAGCGCUGCGUGCAGAUGAUUAAGGAUGGCAAGGCUUACGCGGAUGACACGCCACAAGAGCAGAUGCAAGAAGAGCGCAGGGAGAGAAUUGAGAGCAAACACCGCAAUGAUUCGGUCGAGGACAACUUGGCACACUUCGAGGAGAUGAAGAAGGGCACUGAAGAAGGCAAGCGUUGGUUCAUCCGUGCCAAGAUCGAUAUGUCGAGCAACAACGGCGCUAUGCGAGACCCUGCCAUUUACCGAUGUAACCAAGAGCCGCACCAUCGUACCAAGGACGCUUGGAAGAUUUACCCAACCUACGACUUCGCCUGCCCGGUUGUGGACUCCGUCGAAGGAAUCACGCACGCACUGAGGACGACCGAGUACAACGACCGUGACCCGCAAUAUCAAUGGUUCAUUCACGCCCUCAACUUGCGCGGUGUACACAACUGGAACUUUUCGCGCAUGAACUUCAUCCGCACCUUCCUAUCGAAGCGCAAGCUCACCAAGGUCGUCGCUGAAGGUAAAGUCUGGGGCUGGGAUGACCCGCGCAUGCCCACCGUCCGUGGCAUUCGACGUCGUGGUAUGACGAUUCCUGCCCUGCAGGAGUUCAUCGUCAAGCAAGGUCCGAGCAAGAACAUUAACUUGAUGGACUGGACCUCUUUCUGGGCCACCAACAAGAAAUACAUCGACCCUGUCGCAGCACGAUAUACUGCCGUCGAAGCCAAGGACAAGGUGACCUGUAGCGUUACUGGCGCACCAGAGGCGCCUCGCACUGAAGAAAAGGACGUUCACGCCAAGAACACUGAACUCGGCAAAAAGAAGGUCGUCUACAGCAAGACCAUCAUUCUCGACCAAGCCGACGCUCAGUCCUUCGCCGAAGACGAAGAGAUUACGCUCAUGAACUGGGGCAACGCCAUCGUUCGCAAGAAGAAGUACUCACUCAACCCUCUCAACCUCGUCAAGUCCGAGUCGGACAAGACAGUCACCGAACUCGAGCUGGAGCUCCAUCUUCAGGGAGACGUGAAGAAGACGAGCAAGAAAGUGACUUGGCUCUCGAAUGACCAGGAGCUUGUGCCAAUUACGAUGUAUGACUUCGACUACCUCAUCACAAAGGACAAGCUAGAGGAGGAUGAUGUGCUGGAAAAGGUACUGAACCCGCACACUGAGACCAAGACGGAAGCUCUUGCGGAUUGCAAUGUGGCCAGCCUGAAAGAGGAUGACAUUGUGCAAUUCGAUCGUAAGGGCUUCUUCCGCAUUGACAAGGCUUUCAAGCAUGGCGAAAGUGUGGUCGCAUUCCAGAUCCCAACCGGAAAGAAGAUGUGA